ACCAUUCUCUCUCUCUCUCUCUCUCUCUCUCUCUCUCUCUCUCCCCUCUCCACAAACUUCCAAACCAAGAGAGAAUUGAUGGAAAGGGAGAUUCAUCGCAAGUUUUAUUCUCUUUGUUGUCCUUUGAUAAGUCCACGAUGAAACAGCAAACAAUCGCCCUUAUCUGCUCCAUCAGCCCUAUUCUUGAUCCUUCCUCUGAUUUCGACAGUCCCAAGAAGACAUGCUUUUGGUGAACCACAAACACAUCCCUCCUCACCGUUUCCCAAAGUGCAGAUUCAAGAAUCCUCGGCCCCAUGGCUGACCUUGAGAUCAAGAACAGCGAGACGAAGUUCGCCCGUCACGGAACAGGCUCACUUUCCACCGGGUCCCUCUCGGCUUCUCCAAUAUGACCAUGGUUCCUGCUCAAAGCCUCUCUGAUAAACAUCACCACCGUCAUCGUCAAAUUUGCAGCAGUUUCUUUGGUUAUGCUGAUAGUUGCGACACAAUCGGUAGCAAUUACACAGCUGGUUGUGGGGUUAUGAGCCGAGCCGAAGCCGGGUCACAUGAUUAUUCCGGCGAAAUUACCUGCAUAGGAGGAUCUGAUCUGGUGAUUGGCCCGAUAACAAUGGCCGAGGACGAAUCAAGAAUCACGAGCAGUCUCAAUGAAGCAGCAGCCUCCAGCUCAAAGGACGCGGCUCGUCAUGACGAGCACAAGGACGAUGAGGGUUGGCUACAGUUGGGUAUAGGCGGCGGUCACGUCUCGACCACGAUUGCCACACACGGCGAGAACUAUGACCGGACAGAUUUGAGAGUCAAAAGAGGCGCGGGACCCGUCGAGCUCGAUCUGCUAUCCAGCGGAAGUUUGCAACGAACGGGUCCAUUGCCAUUAGCCCCGGUCCUCACUGUCCCAAAGGCCGAACUCAAUCCAUCUCCCAGAACACCGCCUACGAAUUUCGCGAGCGCCACGACUAGUUUUAGUGCGUCCUCAUUUAGCUAUUUUCACUACCCGGUUGGCGGAAGUAGCUCUACUAAUUUCCCUCAUCACCAAGAGAUUAACUGGGCAUUUAGGCCUCCAUAUUCGUACCCACAGAGCCUCACAGCUUCUCCGUCGUCUUCCUCUUUAUCUUUGACACCUCUCAGACCGUACUUCCCGCGACCAUUUCAGCUACAAAUGGGAGGAGACGUGGCGGGGCCAAGCUCGGACAUCAGGAUCAUCGAUCCCCCAAGAAGACCCCAUUCUGGGAUUUGGUUUAUGCUUCAAGCAUCCCUAAACCAGGCAAAAGAACCGUUCUUGCCUCAAAUACCUAAGAGCUACCUGAGAAUCAAAGACGGAAGGAUGACCGUAAGAUUAAUAACGAAGUAUUUGGUCAACAAGCUGAGACUCGCUAGCGAAUCAGAGCAGGUCGUGAUAACAUGUAAAGGGCAACAUCUGCCGCCAGGUUUGACGUUGCAGCACGUGAGGGACCAGAUUUGGAGCACCGGCCAGCGGAGGGAUCAGGCGGUGACCUUGCUUCCCGAGUCCUCCACCACGGAGCAUCUCAUGGUGCUUCACUACGGCAGAAGCAGCGACGGUUGAUUAAUCGCCAUGACCAAAUUAAUUAACUUGGAAAAAGAGGAACGUGAUUAGUGUCAUAAUCCGUGUUGAUUAACCCGAUUGAUCGCUCUCUCGCACGUGCCGCACGCUCGAGUUAUUUUGUUUAAAUUAUCGUGGUCAGCGCCCAGCUCAUCAUUCUUUCUUUCUUUCCCCCCCUUUUGUUUUUUUCGUUUUUCUGGCCACUCUCUUUUUAAAUUAAUUUUUCUAAUUGGUGGAGAAAGGAACUCUAAAGUUACUGUACUUGGAAAUAAUUUUUUUGAGUUUAGUAGAAUUAAUCUGCAUGGGACCCAACUUGUGGAAAGGGUUCAUAUAUACUAUCUGAUGCUAUUAUUGCUUGUGUUCAUCAUAACUUUAUUUAUUUAUUUAUUUAUUUUCCUCCC